AUGAACGCAUUUAGCCCACCUUUUGAUGGAUCCUAUGCGAUGGAGACCCCACUUCAUCCCGAUGGCGAUGCAGCUCCGGAUGGACGCCGUGUGAUGCGUCCACUGCCGCCUGUAGACCAGGACGGCUCCUUCCGACUACGUCGAGGCACACGAGGUACUGCUAGCGGCGUGGUUACAGUCGAUAAUAGCAGCACCAUCAGCAGCUCUAGUGGCAAUUAUGGCGACGCCAUGAGUCUUAAUAACACUGUGAAUACCACACCACAACAGCCUCUUAUCUCGACGCCGCGUGCCACGCAGAAGAAUUUUGUACGAGUUAUUGAUAAAGACAUGACACAGCAAUUUCACGGCCGAUCUAAGUCCGCCGGUCAGUGGCGAAUUCGCUGGUUUGAAAAUCGUAAAUCGCAACUUCUUGGGUUUUGCUUAACUAUGGCUUUCCUUGGCGUGUCUGUCGCUAUGUACAAGUAUCGUUGGACAGGGUUAAUUGCAGGCUCAGUAAACACGAUCAUUUGUGGCUCUGCCGUCGUGACGACUUAUUGUCGUAAGAAACAAUGGCAUCAACAUCCGAAUCCAAUUGUACAUAAUCGCUCUAUAUUGAGUAUUUUCAUGGCAAUUUGCUUGCUUCUGAACGUGCUAGUUGAUUUUGACCCAAGUGGAAGUAAUACAAAUUGCAAACGACUAGCAGGAAUUACGGAAUUUUUCUUUUUCACUGGCGAAGCAUGGGGUCUUGUCAUGGCUUGCGAUCUUUUCUUCUCGCUUACAAGUCCUUUUACGAGCUAUAAAAGAUUGAUGAAGUUCUAUCAUCUGUGGGUGUGGCUGGGUGGUCUCAUAAUGGGAAUCAUUACGUAUUCAGUUCAGGGUGCUGGUGGAUUUUUUACCGUCGAUGGCCAAUCGAUGACGUACGAAUCCGAUACAGACACGGUCAUUGGAUUUUGUCUCGCGUCUUCACGAAUCUGUUGCGACGCUAAAGAAACGUGUCCUGAUGACGUGCAGAAAUGCUCGACUACUGCAAGUUUUUUGAAUGCGCAGAAAUGGCCAUGGAUUUUGAUAUACGCCUUUGUGCUACUGGUGCUGUUCGUGUCGGUAUGUGUUUUGACACUAGCGUGGCACCGUCUUUAUCUGCGUGGCGUCCCGAAGACAUACAAUAUUCGUCUUCGAGUUCUUAAUUACAUCUCCUUCUUUACAGGUGCCUACGUCUUUUAUUGGCUUCUGUUGCUGUUGCUGUACAUGUGUGCAUACUUUUUAUCGACCAAGAGCAACGCGUCGAACUCGAGGGAUGUUGCUCAAGUGCUGCGUCAGCUGGUCAUUUUUUUGAUCUCAUCAAAAGGUUACUUGGAUUAUGUCAUUUGGUUUGCAGUAAACAACAUUGAGCGAAAAGGUGGAAAUGGACGCCAAGAAUCCGCAGAUGUCGAUGUUGACUUGAGUCCGCAGGUGAACACAGCUUUGCGAUCGGAAAUUUUGUACUACACUACAUCCGGUAUCAAGGAAUCUGUUCGGGCGGUGACCGACGAACUCAUUUCGAUUCCAAUUUCUGGGGAAGGUGAAGCGGGCAAGUCAAUCAAGCUUUGGUCUUUUUGCCCCGCAUCAUUUCGCCAUAUUCGUCUGACGUUUGGAAUCAAUGACACCGAUUAUGUCCAAAUGUUUGGCGCUACCACGAAGGAACGAUUUAGUGAAGGUCGAAGUGGUGCGUUUAUGUUUUAUACGUCAGAUGAAAGUCUGAUUGUUAAGACUAUGUCUCCGGAAGAGUGUGCGUUUUUACGCAAAAUUGCCAGAAACUAUGAGGCCUACAUGACGAGCAAUCCCGACACUCUUUUGACGCGGUUUUACGGCUGCCACUCCGUUUCUCUGUAUGGCAAGAUGUAUUAUUUUGUCGUUAUGGGUAAUUUAUUUGCAGACACGGACGUUGUGCACCAUCGUUACGAUAUCAAAGGCUCGUGGGUGGAUCGCAAUGCAAAGGUACCAAGCCCAGGAGACAAGACCGCAUGUCGCUACUGUAAUGCAUCGUACACGUUUGGCAGCACAAAAAAUCAGGAAUGCGGCGACGGUAUGAAUUUCCACGAGCCCGAUAUCGUUUUAAAGGAUAACGACUUGAUGACGAAAAUUCGGAUAGCCCCGGGCACUGCACAUCGCAUCUACGACCAAAUACACAAGGACAGUGAUUUUUUGUGCUCGCAAGGCAUUAUGGAUUACAGUUUACUCAUGGGCAUUCAAAGCUCCGAGUAUUUUGUGGACACGAGCCAACUACCACAAGGUCGUCGCGAUUUGCUCUUCACGCAACCUGCGACGAGUGUAGCGGGUCCGUCGCUCUACCAUUUUGGUAUUAUAGACUUUUUACAGCAGUGGACGCUGGAAAAAAAGAUGGAACGCUUUUACAAGACCUUUUUCAAGCGCAAAGAUCCCGAAGGUGUUUCUGCACUGCCUCCAAAGCCGUACAAGUUUCGCUUUCAGCAGAAAAUGUCGCGCAUUUUUGCGCUGUCGACGCACACGCGCGCCGAAAAUGAUACUGCAUUUAAGCACAAUUACCCAGCAUUGAUCGAUGUGCUGGAUCAAGGCAAUUUUGAUACCCAACGGCACAAUACUUUCCCUAGUAACUCAAUGGUGGACCAGAGACCAGUGUUUAAUCCGGACUUGCAUCAGGACAUUCGCGCGGUGUAG